GCGUGGCUGUAUUGUGGAGAAAAUACAGAAUUUCCUAUUCUUCAUCUUUUUUUUUAAAUUUUAUUUCUUUUAAUCAGAUCUGAAAGGGAUACACACAGCUCAUGAGUAAAAUGGACAAAGGAAAGAAAGUCAGCAAGACUAAAAGAAAGACUCUGACUUGGAAAGAGGUUCAGAGAUGCAUAGAGUUCAUGCCAGAUGGCGAAUGUCGCCUGAACCUCAGCUUCAAAGAGAUCAAUAUGGUGCCACAGUCCCUUCAGAAACUGGGCAGCCUGCAUGAAGUGAACCUGAGCAGGAACCUGUUAAAAACAAUUCCAGAUUUUAUUGGAGGUUUCAUGAGCAUCAAAGUGUUAGAUCUCCACAGCAAUUAUUUAGAGGAGCUUCCCAUCACCAUUGGUGACCUUCAGGCCCUGGAGACUUUAAACUUGAGUAACAACCACCUGAUGAGGGUCCCUAAAGAGCUGGGCCUGCUGAAAAACCUCCACACCCUGAACCUGGGACUCAACCAGCUGCAAACUCUCCCCCCCUCUAUUGGCAACCUGAAGAAGCUCAGCUUUCUCAACCUCUCCGACAACCAAUUCAUCGUCGUGCCCAACUGCCUCGGCAAGCUAAGCGACAAAGUGAGGAUCGGCUUGGACCGGAACCCCUUUCUGACCAGGAGGGCAUUCAGACGGAAGUCAGUGGAGACCCCACGGACUUUUCACCUGGUCAAAGGGAGCGAUCUGUGUGAGGAAUGUCUGAUGAAGUGUCAAACUGAGAAGGAAACGGUUAAGAAAUUGGAAGAGAUGAAGAUUGUGUCAGAUUAACAAGGCAGGAAGAUGUCAGCCUGGGCUGCCUGUGCUGACAGUCAUGUUGGGCAGGAGGGCAGCAAAGACCUGCUCUCAGAGUUAAAUCUUGCUUCAUUCAGUCACUCCAAAUGAUUUCUUGCUGGAAAUUGUAUAAAUAUUCAGAUUUUGUGUCUUACUCAGCGGUGGAUCAAUUCUUUUAGUGUGUCAGAUUGUUUUAAUGACUUUAAUUGCUUGUAGGUUUUUAAUCUUUUGAGACAGAAAUAGGUCCAAAACUAAUAUCUGGGAACACACAGUCAGGUUGUUCACACGCCUGAGGACUGCUGUGUUUGUGGGGAUCCUUGGUAGCUGCCUGGGGACAAACUUUGAUCUCUCUGAUCAAUCAGACCUGUAUGGACAGCUCCAAAAACAAUCUUAAUGGGCUCCAGAUAAGCCUGGAUUUCAGAAUGUUUUAAUGUUUUUUGGAAACAAUAAUUUUAGAGACAAUAGCUCCAUCCUUUAAAAUGUUUAAUACUCCAUCCAUCCAUCCAUCUAUCCAUUCUUUUCCGCUUAUCCGGGGUCGGGUCGCAGGGGCAGCAGCCUAAGCAGGGAGGCCCAGACUUCCCUCUCCCCAGCUACUUGGGCCAGCUCCUCCGGGGGAAUCCUAUGGUGUUCCCUGGCCAGCUGUCUCUCCUGGGUCUUCCUUUAGGUCUCCUUCUGGUUGGAUGUGCUCAGAGUUUAAUAGCAUAGUUUUCUUGGAGUGUAGUUUAAAUAAAUAUUUAAAAAAUUCAGCAAAAAAUAUUCUGGUACAUGAAAAUACAUUCAACUUCAUCAACAUAAUUUAUUAUUUCUCCUCAGCAAACUCUAACCUGAAACUUUUCUUGUUUAGUUUGAUAUUGAUGUCAAGCAUAU